GGAGUUAUAGGGAAGUUUUGUGCCGGGAUCUGUGUGACAGCGCAGCUUUUUCUCGUGCAGUUUCCCCAUCACCCGCAGCUCCAGAUGUAUAGCAUGUUGGACACAGACAUGAAGAGCCCCGUGCAGCAGAGCAAUGCGCUGAGCGGGGGCCCCGGCACCCCAGGAGGCAAAGGUAAUACUUCCACUCCGGAUCAGGAUCGGGUGAAGCGGCCGAUGAACGCGUUUAUGGUUUGGUCCCGGGGGCAGCGCAGAAAGAUGGCUCAGGAGAACCCCAAAAUGCACAACUCGGAGAUCAGCAAGCGACUGGGGGCCGACUGGAAGCUGCUCAGCGACUCCGAGAAGAGACCCUUCAUCGACGAAGCCAAGAGGCUGAGGGCUGUGCACAUGAAGGACUACCCGGAUUACAAGUACCGACCCCGCAGGAAGACCAAGACCCUCCUGAAAAAGGACAAGUACUCCCUGCCCGGCAACCUUUUAGCUCCAGGAAUCAACCCGGUGUCCGGCGGAGUCGGACAGAGGAUAGACACUUACCCGCACAUGAACGGCUGGACUAAUGGCGCUUAUUCGCUGAUGCAGGAGCAACUGGGCUACGGCCAACACCCGGCCAUGAACAGCAGCCAGAUGCAGCAGAUCCAGCACAGGUAUGACAUGGGCGGCCUCCAGUACAGCCCCAUGAUGUCCUCUGCGCAGACUUACAUGAAUGCCGCCGCCUCCACCUACAGCAUGUCCCCUGCCUACAACCAGCAGAGCUCCACGGUCAUGAGCUUGGCUUCCAUGGGCUCAGUGGUGAAAUCCGAACCCAGCUCCCCCCCUCCGGCCAUCACCUCCCACACACAGAGGGCCUGCCUGGGAGACCUGCGAGAUAUGAUCAGCAUGUACCUGCCUCCAGGUGGAGACGCCGGCGACCAUUCUUCCCUUCAGAAUAGCAGACUGCAUAGUGUACACCAACACUACCAGAGUGCCGGCGGCCCGGGGGUUAAUGGCACGGUACCGCUCACUCACAUAUAAUAACACUUGUCUCUUUGACUCUUUGCUUGCCUGGCAACACACUUCGUUGAACAACCACCACUUGAGGACAGUGAAUCAAGGGGUUAUUUUGUACAAAAAAAGUUUGCGCAAACUUCCUUUAUAGAGCACAAUAUUUUAUGUACUUUUUGUUGGGGGGGGGGGGGGAGGAUGAUUUUGUGUUGGUUCUUUUAAACCCCAGGGGCUCCUUUAUCCCACUGAGCAGAACCUUCAGUUUGUAGAAGUUGGGACUAUAAUGUUUACACGUUUUAACGACAAGCUCAAGAUUGACUUGGGUUUUAUCCAAAACUGUAGGUUUUUAUCGUUUGCUUUUUUUAUUUUUUAGACUUGUCUUUACAAAAACUGUGCGGGUCGCAAACAGGACUUUUUUUUUUUUUUCUUUUAAUUUAUAGUAUGUAUUUUUGUUUUUCUCCAUUUGAAAUCAACUUUUUUUUUUUUUCUGGUUCAUACUUAACUGUGAAUUGUUUAACCGAUCGCCCACAAAUGCUUUAGAAUUGUUUUACUGGGUUUUCUAAAGAAUUUGACAUGAAAGUAAACGACAUAAUAAAUUUUUCUAUGAGGAAUGUA